AUGCUGUCUCCGCAUGCACUGACUCUACAAGAACACGUCAAACAGGUCGCCAAUCGCCUAGCGUGGGACCUCGUCAGCUUCUACACUGGCAACGAGACAGGCGAUGUCCCUGGUAACCUCCCCGAGCCCUACUACUGGUGGGAAGCCGGUGCCUUCUUCGGGACUCUCAUCAACUAUUGGCGGUACACCGGCAACGACACUUACAACGACAUCACCACAGAGGCUAUCCUACAACAGGCCGGCGCAAUAGGUAACUUUAUGCCCGCUAAUCAGAUGCACACCGAGGGCAACGACGAUCAGGCCUUCUGGGCCAUUACCGCGCUCAUGGCAGCAGAGAACAAUUUCCCAAACCCACCCAAGGAUUCCCCAUCAUGGCUGGCCAUGGCGCAAGCCGUAUUCAACGAGCAGGCCGGCCGCUGGGACGAUCAAAUCUGCGGCGGUGGGCUGAAGUGGCAGAUCUUCCCGUUCAACAACGGAUAUACCUAUCGCAAUGCCAUCUCCAAUGGCUGUUUCUUCAACAUCGCGGCGCGACUCGCACGGUAUACGGGGGAGGUGAUGUAUGCUGAAUGGGCGAACAAGGUCUGGGACUGGGUAAUGGACGUAGGUUUGAUUAAUUCACAGUACCAUGUGCUGGACGGGCUCAAUGAGGGCGAUAAUUGCUCGGAACCCAACCGUGUCGAAUGGACGUAUAACAACGGCGUGUUUCUGCAUGGAGCAGCGCACAUGUGGAACCAUAGCAAAGGCGACUGGAAGUGGAAAAUCCGAAUCGACGGCCUCCUUGACGCGCAGAAACUCUUUCUCUCUCCCAACAAGUCCUCCUCCGGUAUUCUGCAUGAGUAUGCCUGCGAGACGAUCAACACCUGCCAAACCGACGAAUUCUCCUUCAAAGCGUAUCUGGCGCGGUGGAUGGGGGAUGUGGCGCAGCUGGCGCCCUGGACCCGCGAUACCAUCGCGACCCGACUGCUGGCCUCCGCUACGGCAGCAGCAGCACAAUGCGUCGGCGGUGAAACGGGAACAUACUGUGGGAUGCGGUGGACGACCGGCGAAUAUGAUGGGACAACGGGGGUGGGGCAGCAGAUGUCGGCGUUGGAAGUGGUCCAGGCGACGCUGUUCGACACAGUCGCGGGGCCCCUGACGAAUAGAACGGGAGGGACCAGUCGAGGGAACGGGGCGACGGGGACAGAAAGAGGAUCCUCGGAUCAACCUGCCUGGCUGGGCGAACUCAGCGUUAUCACGAGAACCGACCGCGUCGUCGCGAACUUUGCCACGGCGGUGGUGGGGAUGUUAGUGGGAGGGUAUCUCUAUCUGGUCAGCACAUAA